AUGAGUUUGCAAGCGAUCAAAUACCAGAGUGGCAAUCUGGCCAUUCUUGACCAGCUACAGCUCCCAUAUGUGGAAAAAUACUUAACAAUACAGACGAGCGAAGGUGGCUGGCAUGCGAUCAAAGAGAUGCGAGUUCGAGGUGCACCUGCCAUCGCCAUUGUGGCAGCCCUGGCCCUGGCGUCCGAGCUCCACACACUCAUAACGCGCAAGCAAUUGCCAUCCGAAGCAGAGGACACUCGAGCACUCAUAACUGGGAAGCUAGGCUACCUAGUGAGCAGCAGACCGACCGCCGUCAAUCUCGGUGAUGCCGCGCGAAAGCUUGAAGCCGUGGUGGCCAACAGUGUCGGAAAACCCGAAUCUACAAGCCUUAGCGUAGCAUCCUCAUAUAUCGAGUCUGCUGAGGGUAUGUUGGCCAAGGAUGUGGAGGACAAUAAGAUGAUUGGCAAAUAUGGCGCAGAUUGGAUCAUGGCCAACGCAAUUUCUACUCCUGAAUCCAAAGCCACUGUUCUAACACACUGCAACACAGGCUCUCUUGCGACAUCUGGUUAUGGAACAGCAUUGGGUGUCAUUCGUGCCCUUGCAUCAAAUAAGUGGCUACAACAUGCAUACUGCACCGAAACAAGGCCAUACAAUCAGGGCUCUCGUCUGACAGCAUUUGAGCUGGUUCAUGACAAUCUGCCAGCCACGUUGAUAACAGAUUCCAUGGCAGCUGCACUCUUUGCAAAGAUAGAAAAGGGCGUCAACGCAGUCAUUGUGGGGGCAGAUAGGGUAGCGGCGAAUGGCGAUACUGCCAAUAAAAUAGGCACAUAUGGCCUUGCUGUCCUCGCAAGAUACCACGGGGUCAAGUUUCUUGUCGCCGCACCGCUGACAACCAUUGACAUGGCCACCAAAUCGGGCAAAGAUAUUGUCAUUGAAGAACGACCCGCUUCUGAAGUCGCCCAAAUCAGAGGCCUCUGCAAAGAGAACGAUUCUAGCGGAGAUGUGAGACUGGAAACAGUUUGCAUAGCAGCCAGCGGAAUUGAGAUCUGGAACCCUGCAUUUGAUGUCACUCCUUGCGACUUGAUAGACGGCAUCAUAACUGAAAAGGGCGUUAUGGAAAAGGGGAGUGACGGUCAAUUUCGACUGGAGGAAUUGUUUUGA